GUAACGACAGAUACAGCCUGUAAAUGGAGUCAUUUCAAAAUUUUGUUUUAAAAAGUUUUAAGUUAUCCAUUUUUUCCUAUCAGUAUCAAAGACUCCCAUAAUUUAAAAUUCCUUAAUCUUUAGAUACGUAUAAUACUGAUAGUAGUACUUGGUACUGUUACAUGUGGGGUUAUUGGUUAUAGUAGAGAUUUUGAGUAAAUGAUUUUUAAAAGUUGGUUUUGAUCCCUUUAAAGCCAAUCCUUUCUGUCAUUUUUUGUUUUUUUUUUUUUUUUUUUGUUAGUGAACAAAGAGUAGUAGUGUUGUGAGAGUACUAUAUGAAUUUUUUAUUUUAUAGAAAUGAGAUUAAGAAAUAGUCAGAACAAGAAGAGCAAGAGGAAAUUAUUUGAGAACUGAGAAACAUGGAUUGGUUGCUUUGAUUAAAUUUUCUUUUUCAGUGUUGUACUCUACUCUACUCAGACACUUUGAAGGUUGAAGAUGAACAUGGACUUUUCCGAGUCUACAAAAGUUGUAUAUAAUCGAAUUCAGAAACUAGAGCCAGAAAAUGUGUCUAAGAUCAUUGGUUAUCUCCUCUUACAAGAUCAUGGUGAACAAGACAUGAUUAGAUUAGCCUUUAGUCCCGACAAUUUGAUCCAUUCGUUGAUUAACAAAGCUAAGAACGAUCUUGGAUUGUCAUCCAAACCGUCCAUUUCUGGUCUUCUUUCACCUCCCUUGGUCAACCGAGCAUUAUCUGUAGACGUUCCCUUGAAAUUUGCUCCAUUCUCACCAGCUUCACCUCGCCCCUUUCCGACUCUUUUAGUUGGAAAUCCCUACUGGGACCCUCAAGGACCUUCUGAAAAUCAUCCGCUUCAUACUAUGACCGACGAACGUCAACUCCCAAACCAACUUCAGUUCUUAUCUUUGGAUGAUCACUCGGACCAUGACCACUAUUUUGCUGGACCUGCAUUAGGUCCAAGAUCAAGUCGAAGGUCUCCAAGCUUGCCUGAGUUUCCUGUUAAGAUUUGUCAUUACUUUAACAAAGGCUUUUGUAAACAUGGAAGCAAUUGUAGAUACUUUCAUGGCCAACCAACUCCAGAAAACUUUUCCCAAGGAUUCAACGCAAAUUUAAAUGAAGUAGGAAGUGAUGAACAUAUCUUCUCCCCUGGAUCUCUGGAGAAACUAGAGAUGGAGCUGACUGAGCUUCUCAAAUCUAGAAGGGGUCUCCCGGUUUCUAUUGCUUCAUUGCCCAUGUUGUACUAUGAGACAUUUGGCAGAUCACUUCAGGCUGAGGGUUAUCUCACAGAAAGCCAGAGACACGGGAAAGCUGGAUAUAGCCUGACUAAGCUCCUCGCUCGACUAAGAAACAGUAUUCGUGUCAUCGACAGGUGCAACUUGCCCCACGGACAGCAUGCCGUUAUUUUAGCUGAGGAUAUUCCAAAAUACAUGGAGUACAGUGGAGAAAGAAAUGAUCACGGAGCAAUUGUAGCCGGUUCUCGCCAGAUUUAUCUGACUUUUCCGGCUGAGAGUACCUUCAGCGAGCAAGAUGUUUCCAACUAUUUCAAUCAGUUUGGACCAGUCCAAGAUGUUAGGAUUCCUUGUCAACAGAAGAGAAUGUUUGGAUUUGUAACUUUUGUUUUCCCAGAGACAGUUAAGCAGAUCUUGGCAAAGGGGAAUCCUCAUUUAGUUUGUGGAGCACGUGUUUUGGUGAAACCUUACAGGGAAAAGCCCAAGGAUGGAGAUGGCAAAAAAUGCCUGGAGAAAGCGUAUCAAGGUUCCUAUUAUAAUUCAUCUUUCACUGAUGCAGAAUCGGAGCACCAAUCUUCACCUAGAGUAUGUGAAAAUUCAAGGCUAUUGAAGAAACAUCUCAUGGAGGAACAUGAGCGUGCAAUUGAGUUUGAGAGGCGGCGUUUUCCUGAGUUGCAACACCAUCAAAUGCGCGUUGGCUACUCAGUAGAGGAUUUGAAGCUUUCUUCAGAAGGCCAAAGUGAACAACUGGAGUUCCCAUCGGUCGAGGGUUUUACUUACAUGCUAGAUGUAUGGAACAAUGGUUCCACCACCGAGGACAGAACUAGGCAUGCUAAGACAAAUCACUGUGACCAAGAAAGUGGUCAAGGAUUGAAUCUACCAGAUAGCCCUUUUGCAUCUCCAAUAAGGAAUGGCAUUUCAACUGUCACUUAGGUUCAGAAACACACAAGGAUUCCAGAGGACUGAUUUUUGGCAAAACAGUUCGUUGGUUAGACACUAAAAGUAUCUGACAUAUUUCCAUAGAAGCAGUAAUUAAAAUAGUUUCUCAGCAGAAAGCGCAAGAAGUUUAAAUUUCUUCCUUUAUUUUAGGUGGACAUCAUAAGAAAAUGAUAUAGAAAAAGAAUCCCAACAUGUAACAAGUUGAAAUAGGUUUUCUGCUUUCAUCUGAAGUUAAUGAUACGGAGCAUGCAAGCUUGAGGCUUGCAGGUUUUAGAAGUUAAAAUGUAAUUAUGGUCUCUUUCUAAGUUUGAGAAGAAGAUAAUAGGGGCAGAUAGAACUCUCUGCUACUAAACAGAAAAUGCUAAUGUUGCUAACAAUAAAGUUAUAUACAUAGUUUUCAUUGCAGUC